AUGUCAAAAGCAACAAAAGAUUUGAUAAAACUCGUCGAAACGAAAGCCAGUGAACGAAAUUCUUCCAGCGAAGCACAAAAACUUCUCGAGCAAGCCGCAGAUAUUACGGCUACUACUAGUAGCGGCGCGACGAUGAUUCAUUCCAUUAUAGCAGAGGAAAAGCGGUAUCGAUCGGUAAUGCAAGGAAAAGCCGAUGUUUGUCAGUCUUUGGUGGAUGUCUUACAGAAAGCUGCUUCGGAGAGACUUGCUGCCCAAGUAUUUAUGACGAAUGGUAGUGAUAUAAAGGAGAUGCACCGAUUAGUUCAGUUGAAAGGCAGUUGUUAUCAGUCAGCAACGUAUGGUUCACUCGGAUUAUUGGGUGCUUUAUUGAAACAGGAUGGAAUUCCUAUACGGUUAGAUGUCGUUCAGUUUCUUCUCCAGGCUGAUCCAGAUGUCAAGUAUAGUUUAACCAUGACCGAUGACGAGCAAAACACACUUCUGUCUGUUGUAAAACAUAAUUCAAAAUGCCCACAGGAUGUGAUCGAUUAUAUGCAGCGAUAUUUUGACCAGAUGCUCAAUCAAAUUGCAUUCGUAGAACCAAAUAUUGAUCCGGAUGAAAUAAUGCUUUGGAUUCAUCGCGGUGCGAACAUUGAGGCAAUCGAUGAACAUUCCAAUACAGCUCUGUUGAACGCUGUUAUCGCUAACAACAUCGGAUUGACUCGUACUCUCUUAUCUGCAGGCAGCAACAUUACACAUCGAAACAAUUAUAAUCUCACUGUUUUCGAAAUAGCUAAAUCAGCUUCUGUGAAAAAUCCGUCGCUUAUAACCAUCCUUGGAACUCACCAAGUAAAUGUGGAAUUGAAGCAUCUGAUCGAAACGAAAGGAGCUCAACUGACGACCGAUGAAUUGUAUAUUUUGCUGGAAAAAGGUGCAAAUAUCAAUGCAAAAGUCGGCAAUAAUAAUACCUUCCUGCAUCUACUCGUUCUCAACAAGGGCACGCCGGAAAUGAUUACUGCUUUUGUGAGCACAUUUAACGCUGAUAUAUCAGCAGCAAAUAUCACUGGAUAUCGACCUAUCGAAUUGUGCAUUUUGCAAGAUGAAGAUCCGUUCCUCCAUUUGCAAACAUUUCUCAAACUACCCAAAAUGACAACCGAUUUGUUCAUCAAUCCAAAACUCAACAAAACCAUUCUGCAAUUUGCUUUUGAACAGAAUCGUUCGCAGGUGGCAAAAAUAAUUCAAGCAGAAUUAAAUCAUCGUCUAUGGAACUGCGUAACACGCAUAAACAUCCAAAAAGACAUCUCCGAAAAGAUUAUGACUGAAUUGAAGCAACUGGUCACUUACGGUGCUGAAAUUGAUCAUCAGUAUUGUCACGAAGGAUCAGAACAACGAACACUUCUGCAGUAUGCAUGCGAAGUAGGUGCACGACGAUUGGUUCAAUACAUGAUCGAACAUUUGUACGCUAACUAUACAUUACAGUUUCAUAAUGGCAACUAUCCUAUUUCAAUUGUAGCCGAAAGUGGUUAUCUGUCGAUAGUUGAAUAUUUACGUGGCUUGCCGAAUUUGAAUUUAAACGUACCUAAUAGUGAUGGGCAGACGGCGUUACAUUUAGCUACGAACAAACGUCAUAUGCUCGUUGUUCAGUACCUGGUCAAAUGGGGUGCUGAUUACCAGACGAAAAACCGAUUGCAACAAACACCAUUGGAUAUUGCUCGUGUGAACGUUUCACAAAACAAAGAAGACGAAUUCGGUGACCAAAAAUUAAUUCGUUUCCUUGAGCAACUAAUUUGUCCUCCAGUAGACCAAUCGAUCGAACAAUCAUCUCAUGGGAAAGCGCCUGAUUUGGAUCUGGAUACGUGCGAACUAGUAACGCCUGUAUUGGUGAAUCCUAUACCUACAACUACUGAGCGUACAGGAGGAGCAAUAGGUAAAUCGGGCAAGAGUCUGUUUUCUAAAAAUCCUAGCAACAAUUUACAUGAUGCUGCUAAAAACGGUUCAGUGUGGGAAGCUCAAAGAGCGAUUGGCGAAGGAGCUGACAUCUGUUAUCGCAAGGGGAAUCGUACUCCAUACGAAAUAGCCCUAGCUUCUGAAAAAGAGUACGACCUUCAAUUAAAAGCUGCCGUACUCAUCUCAUCAAACUGCAAAGUACUUGAACAGAUGGUGGCUGGUUGUCAACAAAUUGCUAAUAUGAUUCAACACAUCGCAAAUAGGAAACUAAUUGAAGCUAUCGAUCAAUCUGAUGCAAGUCUUGUCAAAGCCUAUCAUCUUGCCAGUGGAACACUUAGUGUCGAUUUAUUAUACCGAGCUUGCAAUGCAUCGGACAACGUCGAGAUUGUCGAUUAUCUUUUGAACGAGAAUGUGGAUAUUCAUCAAGCAUUAAUUAGUGAUUCAUCAUCGGAUUCUCCGUAUCAAACGGUAAAAAGGAAGAGGUUUAUGAAAUUGACUGCUUAUCUCAAAUAUCGACUGUCACUUGAAUGUACCGAAGCUGUAAAACAGAACGAUCUUGAAUUGGUUAGGAAACUUAUUUCUGUUGGAGCUAGUGUUGACACGCACGACACAAAUAAUCUAAAUGAAGCACUACAGCAUCAAAAUGUUGAAUUAAUUCAGAUUCUCUGUGAGAAUGGUGCAAGGAUGCCUUUGAAUUGGAUUACUUCAAAAUCGAUCAUUCUCGAACCUAUUGUGUCUCAAGAGCUAAAACCGGAAGUUGUAUUUUGCAUCAAUCAAUGUUUAAUCAAUCGAAGACUGCGCUUUUCGGCUGCUAGUGGCGAUCUAGAUGGAGUUAUCCAAUGCCAACGUCUCGGUGCUGAUAUAGAUUCAAUGAAUUGUCAUGGUUCGACUGCACUACUAUGUACAAUUCAGCAUGGGAAUUAUUUUCGAAUUGUACACACUCUCGUUUCGUCUGGAGCAUCAAUUUUGCAUCUGAACGAAAAUGAAUCGAUGUCAUUACUCGAUCUGGCAAACAGUAAGAACUAUAAACAGAUCGCCGGUUAUCUUUCCGAACAAUUGAAUAUACAGUUUUUGGCCGCCAUCGUCAACAAUCAACGACAAACGGCAGAAAAACUUGCAAAUAUGGGCGUGGACUUCAAUUAUCAAGAUGAACAGAAGCGUACAGCAUUGCAUUAUGCUGUUCAAUAUUAUAGCACAGAAUUGGUAAAUUGGUUGUGUGAAUGUGGUAGCAGUCCAACGAUAUGUGAUAUAAAUGGCGACUAUCCAUUGAUUCAAGCGAUUGAAAAAGGUGACUAUACAUCAGCAGAAUAUUUCAUCAUGAAAUAUCCAGCGACAAAAAGACAAACAAACAAAGCUGGUCAGACAGCAUUACAAAUGGCAGAGAAUCUUAACUUUGCACGUAUCGUCGAGUUGAUCAAAAUGAACGAGAACGAGACCGAGCCUGAGCUGAUAAAAAAUCAAGGAAAAGCUGGCGAAACCAAACACGACUAUGAAACAUUGCUACAAGCAUCUCGUGAUGGCCACAUUAAAAUUAUCCAAGAUUUCAUUGAUCAGUCCUACGAUUCAAAAGCAGAUAAACGACACAUAUGUGACAAAUUAAUCCAGCAAGCGGAAAAGGCUAAACAAUUUCAAAUUUUAGAUAUUCUUGAAUCUCACUAUAACAAGUUAAGCAUCGACAUGCGAUCGGAUGUGGAACUAAAUCGUUGCGGCGGUAUCGAUAUUAUAUUAAGUCAACAUCAUCAGAAAGUCUUGCUGGGCUUCUUGAGUGGUCUCAGCGAUCUUAUUGCCAACAGUCCGAUUAUACUCGAUCCAGCUGAUCCUAAAACGUAUGUCGAAUUGUUUUCUGGCUUAACUGAGAACAUGGUGAAACGUUCUCAAGAGUUGCAGCAGGUUACGAAUGAGCAGGACGUGGUGAAGAUCGUUCAACAAGAUGAAACAAAUACAAAGGAGCAAUUAAUCAAGAUUAAUGGACAACUUGAAAGUUUGGAAGAAAGCAGAAAUUCUUUACAAAGUCGUAUUCAAGAGGCCGAUGAGCGUCUUUUCAAACAGCGAGAUCUAACUGCCAUACAACGAAAAGAAUCAUUUAAAGCCAUAGAAGCACUCAAACAGCAGAUGACUAUUUACGAGUGUUCAAUAUUCUUAUUCCAACGCCAACAAGAAGCUACAAUAGCCCGACAAAAAACGAUCAAUUUUAUCAAAGGAAAUUCAAAUUUAAUGAUGUUCUAUCGUACCAUUGAAAGUCUGUUGGAGGCUGUUUUUCAUGGUGUUCUAGCAAGACAAGGUGGCUAUUUAAAAGAAGAAGCAUCCGUGAAAUUUGGCAGACCAUUUCUGGCAUCGGACAUAGCUUCAAUGAGUGUACCCAUAUUACAAUUAACGUCGGAAAGUAUUAAAAUGAUACUGAGUCCUAUGCUAUCGAGAAUUCAUAAAAAGGAACAGAAGAAAGAAUGGGAGAAUUUCUCUACACUAGGUAAUAUUGAAGAACUUAGACGGAUCGCAUCGGACACAGCCGGUUUACUGACGCUUUAUUACCGAGAACAGAUUCAAUGUAUUGAUCCAUCACAGAAGAUUAAGAAUGCGACAGCGUCAGAAAAUAAAGCAAGUUCUACUAAAUAUGUCUAUGGGGAAAGUUCCGGAGAACUGUCCGUUGUAACCGUCGCUGAAUACAUUACCACCUGGAUAGUUGAAGAGCUGAAACUAGGACGAGAUAGACUCGUUUCUACUGAACCGUUACCACAUCAACUGUGGCUCUGUGUAGCUAAGAGAGAUCCAGUUAGCCCAGAAAUGUCUAGAAAACUGACAUCUGGUAUUGGCAGCAAUCCCAUAGGGCAUAAAAAAAUUUGCUUAAAAAUCAAAGAUUUUUUCGACAAAGAAAUUAUCGUACCAGUCCGAAUACGGUAUCUGAUCGGUUGCGUAUCAGUCGUGGGUAAUGAUGGUGGUAUCUAUCAAUAUCCAGUAUCAGCCGAUUCUUCUGACAAUGAACUGAAAUAUUCGAACUUGUUUGGCUACGUCUAUGUUACUCCAUUUUCAUCCGAUGAGAAAACAUUACAAACUAUUGUCGAAGGACGAAAAUUAUGUUUAGCUAGUCGGGAUGAACAUGGGAAUAUUUUAACAAAAUUUGAAGAUAUCAUCGAGCAUGCGAAAGCUUAUGCUAUUCAGAAUAAGUCUCUGGAUCCAAGUAAAUCAUUGAUUACACUGGAAACGGCAAAACAAGUGACUGAAGUGAUUCGUGCACACAACAUCUUUGCCAAUCUCGAUGAUGUUAAAGAAGAGUUGAGGAAAACUCGAGAAGCAAUUGAGUUGAGUGUCGAUGCUUUCUGUGAAGAAAUCAACGAUAAAGUCAAGGUCUGUCAAACAUCCAUCGAUGCAGCCCAUGAACAAAUUAGAGAAGAAUCGGAAAAAAAUCGCGUAAGGAUGACGCAAGAUAACGAAAUGCGAUAUGAACGCGCUCAAGAGAGAUUGGAUAAUACUGUCAAAGACAUGGAAAAACGUUUAGAACAAUUGGUCGACACCCGAAUGCGUAGAAUGGAAAAGCGAACGCAAGAGAGAGCAGAGAAAAUUUUAGAAACAGUUGAAAUAGCCAAAGCGCAGUGCUUGCAAGCAGUUGAAAAUAGCCAACAGUUACUCGAACAAGCAAAACAAGCUACAAUCUCCGUUCGAAGUCUAUUGCAACAGAGUGAACAACAGAAUGAAAAAUUUCAAUCGGAAAUUGCACUUCAUAAAUCUGAAAUGAAGCAGAUCGCGGCUGUACAGAGAGACUUAUGUGAGCAAAUGAUGUCGGAAAUGCGAACGAUAAUAGAGCGCGAUAUUAAACAAGCCAGACUCACUCGACAAUCUACUCUUGAAAUGCGAGAUAUUCAGCAACUCAUUAGACAUCAGCUCGAACUACAUGCAAAAGAAAUGCAAAACACGAAGGCAAAUGCACAGCAACAGAUUGAAAAUGAAAUAAAAGACCCGAAUUUAAAGCAAUAA